AUGUCGCUACUACCAGCCAAACUGGAUCCAGGGAUGGUCGACCUCUUCGACGACGACGACCAAAAACAUUUUUGGGCUGUUUGCGACAUUGAACGCGAAACUUUCACACAAGAGUGCUGUUGGCCAAGCCGAGCCCAUUGCUCUAUUCCCAAAACCCCACGUUUCAUUGUAAAGUUUGGAGAUACAGGCACCUUUAUGUUGCGUAAGCAUGAUGCUAUAUGGGAAGUGGUCUUCGUCCAAUGUCAAGUCGCUGGACGCUUGGCAGAGCAAAAGAUGCGGAGAACGUUUGUGUAA